CUCUCUCUCUCUCUCCCUCUCUCUCUCUCUCUGGCAUUACACAGAGAGCACAGUUCUUCAAUGGGCGUCUCUGCGCAAUGCUGAAUUUGCGAUUUUUCUGGAAUUAAUUACCGAGAAUCAGAAAUGCUGGAGUGCUUAAUCGAUGGAAGGGGAGUCUGACCUUCCGGCGGAAGAGAAAUUCCUCAACCCCAAUUCGAGCCGUCCGAUCAACAUCAACACAGACUCCAACAAUCUCAGCCGUUCCUUCAACACAACCUCCACCUGCACCUCGACGACGUCGUCUUCUUCAUCUUCCCCUCCGGACUUGGUCCGCCAAGUUCAAGCUGCUUUCAAACGACACCGUCCCCUAGGUAUGAUGCAGCCAAAUGUGAUUAGGCCAAGGCGAAUUUUGGUUGCUCAGCGAGGAACUUCGAAAGAAUCAAAUGUAAAACCUCAUUCAGCAAUUGAUGUCAAUAAAAGCAAAGAGGAUAUUCCGCAAAGUCACAAAUCGAGGGGCACCGUUCCACAUUCCAAAUCCAGUGUCUUUGUUCGUGGAGAGAAUAAAGAUGAUAAAUCAAAUACUCCACCUCCAGAAUUGGGUGCCACUGUGAAUGCGCGUGAAGAAAAUUUUGAGCCAAUCAAAUCUCAGAUAGAUUUACCCAGGCUCGAUGAUGCAGUUGCUUCGUCGAGUGUGGAACCUGAGAAUGUUGUAGAUGAGUUGCAAAGGAAGGUUGACUCUUCCGUGGAGAACAUUACCACAUCUCGCGAAAUCGAAUUGGAAACGGGCAAUCAAGUGAAGAAUUCAUCUGUUGAUAAUCAAGGCCGACAGCAUCAUAAUUUCCAGAGCAUGGAAAUGGAUAAAAAUGUCAGACCCGAGGGAGAAAAUUCAUCUCUGUUGGUUAGAACAACGAUGGGUGCUCAAGAUAAGCUCAACCAGUUCGGAAACUUUUUACAGAAUGAUUUGAGCAAUGCAAUAACUCAAUCAUCAGUAAUUGGAUCUUCUUGUAUUACAACAUUAAUGAACUCAAAAACCUAUUCCUCCCAGCCUAAAAUGGAUGUUGUGCAGCCAUCUUCUGGUGGAGUGUUAUCUAAUCAGUCAGCUGUGAGCUCCGUUUAUGCAACAUCAAUGGAAGUUGAGAAAUCUUUAGCCCCAUCAAAGGAGCCGCAGAGUAGUUUGCCUCGAGAUUAUAAUAAUGCCAAAGAUUCUUCUCAUGAAGUUAAUGAUUCAGUCAAAGAAAGCACGAUCGACUUAAAAUCUCAGCCUCCAUCUUCAAAGGUGGUACCUUCGUCAGAUGUAAAAUCAGAAAAUUCCAAGCCAGAGAAAUUAGAAAGAGGUACAACUGGUAAAGCAGCUUCGACAUCUCGUAGUAGAAAAGGUUAUGAUCCUGACUUGUUUUUCAAAGUCAACGGUAAGCUAUAUCAAAGACUCGGCAAGAUAGGUAGUGGUGGGAGUAGUGAGGUCCACAAAGUCAUAUCAUCAGAUUGCACAAUUUAUGCCUUGAAGAAGAUUAAACUUAAAGGCCGUGACUAUGCCACAGCAUAUGGAUUCUGCCAAGAAAUCGGAUACUUGAAUCGACUGAAGGGGAAGAGCAACAUUAUUCAGCUCAUUGAUUUUGAGGUGACAGAUAAGGCUCUGCUUCAAGAAGUGAUGAACGGUUCCAUGAGUAAUAAAGAUGGCAGGCUCAAAGAUGACGCGUAUAUAUACAUGGUACUUGAAUAUGGAGAAAUCGAUUUAGCACACAUGCUCUCUCAUAAAUGGAAAGAACUGGAUGGUUCUGAUUCAUUCAUCGACGAGAACUGGCUCAGAUUUUAUUGGCAGCAAAUACUUCUAGCCGUAAGCACCAUUCACGAGGAACGCAUUGUGCAUUCUGAUCUAAAGCCAGCAAAUUUUCUUCUAGUGAGGGGUUCACUAAAGCUAAUUGAUUUCGGAAUCGCCAAAGCUAUCAUGAGUGACACAACAAACAUUCAACGAGACUCGCAGGUGGGAACACUAAGUUACAUGUCACCAGAAGCAUUCCUGUGUAACGAAACGGAUGCAAAUGGAAACACGAUAAAGUGUGGGCGCCCAUCGGAUAUAUGGUCACUCGGUUGCAUCCUUUAUCAAAUGGUUUACGGGCGAACGCCCUUUUCGGAAUACAAAACUUUCUGGUCAAAAUUCAAAAUCAUAACGGACCCAAAUCACGAAAUUAUUUACGAACCAUUGACCAACACCUGGCUUUUGGAUCUUAUGAAGAAAUGCCUUGCUUGGGAUAGAAACGAGAGGUGGAGAAUUCCUCAGCUACUACAACACCCUUUUCUUGUUCCUCCACUUCCACCUAAACUAGCCAGCCCAAAAUGCACGUUGUUUCAGCUAAUUGCUGAGUGUAGUGCAAAUGAUGAGAAGGGUUUGAAUCUGUGCUCGCAGCUCCAGAGUAUGGUGAUGGACCCUAGAUCGUUAGUACAAUUCGAUGACUCGUCUUUGUUGUCAAGAAACGAAUUGCGAAAGCUACUUUGUAGAAUUUCUACAGGUUGCUUUCAGCUUCAGGAGCAGCUAGAAAGUUUAUGAAGAUACACACACAGCCAGUUAGCAGCAGUUAGAAUUCUCGACGACUUUUUAUGAUCCAAUUAUGGUUUAGGCUACAUUUAGGACAACCUAAGCAUCAAGCUUAAGUAGUCCGACUUUUUUCUUUCUAUAAAUAUAUGUCCGUUUGAUUAUGCAAGCUAGGUUGUGUUUUAGUCGUUUCUUCUUCUGUGAGGCUGUACAUAUGCAUGUAUUUUGAGAACAUAUAAUGUAUUGAUUUUUGAGAAAAAUAUGUACGACGAAUACGAAAAUGCAAUUAAGUCCUGAAAGCUAGGGUUUUCUCUUUGAGCUCA